AUGUCCAACAGGAGCUCCCUCAGUGAGUUCCUCCUCCUGGCAUUUGCAGACACACAGGACCUGCAGCUCUUGCACUUCUCGCUCUUCCUGGGCAUCUACCUGGCUGCCCUCCUGGGCAAUGGAUUCAUCAUCACAGCUGUAGCCUGUGACCACCACCUCCACACCCCCAUGUACUUCUUCCUCCUGAACCUCUCCCUCCUCAACCUUGGCACCAUCUCCACCACUGUCCCCAAAUCCAUGGCGAAUUCCCUGUGGGACACCAGGGCCAUUUCCUACACAGGAUGUGUUGCACAAAUGUUUCUAUUUCUCUUCUUGUUAGGAGGAGAGUAUUGUCUUCUCACAGUCAUGGCUUAUGAGCGCUACGUUGUCAUCUGCACACCCCUACACUAUAGCACACUCAUGGACAGCAGAGCCUGUGUCAAAAUGGCAGCAGCUGCCUGGGCCAGUGGUUUUCUCCAUGCUCUCCUGCACACUGCCAACACAUUUUCCAUACCCCUCUGCCAAGGCAACACAGUGGACCAGUUCUUCUGUGAGAUUCCCCACAUCCUCAAGCUCUCCUGCUCAGAUGCCUACUUCAGGGAAAUUUGGCUUCUUAUGGUUAGUGCUUUUUUAUUCUUUGGGUGUUUCAUUUUCAUUGUGGUGUCCUACGUGCAGAUCUUCACUGUUAUGCUGAAGAUCCCCUCUGAGCAGGGCCGGCAUAAAGCCUUUUCCAUGUGCCUCCCUCAUCUGACCAUGGUCUCCCUAUUUGUCAGCACAGCAUUUUUUGCCUACCUGAAGCCCCCCUCCCUCUCUUCCCCAGCUCUGGACCUGGUGGUGGCUGUUCUGUAUUCGGUGCUGCCUCCAACACUGAAUCCCCUCAUUUACAGCAUGAGGAACAAGGAGCUCAAAGAUGUCCUGAGGAAACUGAUUCAGCGCAUCCUAGGUCAGCAGCAAUAA